AUGGCGCAGGAUCUGGAAGCUCGUCGGGCAGAUUCUCAGGAGAUUUGGCGGGCUAUUCAAAACCAGGAAGCUCGUCAGGCGGACUCGUAUGAGGUUUGGAAGGCGAUUGUCGAGCUAAAGGAGUUUGUGAUGCAUCGACAGGGGCAACCGCCGAGUAAGGCGGACCCGCAGAGUGACGACGGCGGCCCAGGUUCGGCGCUGGUCGCGGGGCUCCGCGUUGGCGGGGGGCAUCGCUGCGUCAGCGACCAAGGUGCCUCGGCCUGGGUUUGGCUCGUCUGGGCCCAACAUCGAAGUGGACCUGUUAGCUACCUCCACGACCCAAGAGCUGGCGGCCCGCAAGGCUAA